ACAUAGCCGGUCGACGACGACAUCAUGCUGUGCGCAAUCUCCGGAGAAGCUCCCCAGGCGCCCGUCGCCUCGCGUAAAAGCGGAAACGUCUUCGAGAGACGUCUGAUCGAGACACAUAUUGCAGAACACCACACCGAUCCUGUAACGGGCGAAGAUCUUACCGUUGACGACCUCAUUGAACUCAAAUCGCCGCGCAUUGUCACCCCUCGAGCGCCGAAUUUCACAUCAAUUCCAUCCCUAUUGAACGCGUUUCAGAGUGAAUGGGACGCGAUUGUCCUUGAGACGUUCACACUCAAGCAACAGCUUGCACAGACCCGACAGGAACUCAGCACAGCGCUUUACCACAAUGACGCAGCAACAAGAGUGAUCGCAAGGCUUACUCAAGAGAGGGAUGAUGCUAGACAGGCUUUGUCAAGUGUUACUGUGACCGGAGGUGCGGCAGGCGGCGAUUCCAUGGAAGUGGACAGCCAGGCUCUCCCCGACGAGCUGGCCGCGAAGGUUGACGAGACCCAGCAACAGCUUUUCGCAACUCGUCGCAAGAGACCGAUCCCUGAAGGGUGGGCAACUGGCGAAGACGUCGCUACCUAUGAACCGACCACUUCCACCGAGUCUCUGUAUCCCGGUAGCUCUGCUAUUUCUGUCGACGAGACGGGCGACCUGGCACUAUUUGGAGGAAGCGACGGUGUUGGGGGUGUCUACUCAUUAUCGCAGCAGAAUAUCGUGCAUACAUUGAAGGCUGGCUCCCCAGUCACAGCCACGAUGUGGUGGGGAUCCCGCGCUGUGGUUGCGACGGCAUCUGGCACAGUUAAGAUAUUCGAGGACGGCACAGAGAUUGCGGAACUUGGUUCACAUGCCGGGCCAGUUACUUCCAUUGCCUUGCACCCAAGCAAAGCCAUCCUUGCCUCAGCUGGUUCCGACAAGCGCUUCAUUUACCAUGACCUAUCUACCUUCAAGGUGGUCGCCCAAUCGUAUACCGAGGCCUCAAUUUCGUGCUGCGCUUUCCAUGUUGAUGGAUUGCUAUUCUUCACGGGUAGCACUGACGGAAAGAUUCGAAUCUUCGAUGUCAAAGCUGGCACUUCCAUGGCGGUGCUUGAGGUUGGCGGACCAGUUCGCAGCAUUUCCUUCUCCGAGAACGGAACAUGGUUCGCAACGGCUGAGAAGGGCUCGACUACUGUCUCGGUUUGGGACUUGCGAAAGCAGGCUGUUAUCAAGGUGCUCGACGUUGGCAGUCCUGUGGAUAGCAUUCGCUGGGACUACACUGGCCAAUUCUUGGCAACGGCAGGUUCUGGCAGUGUGUCUGUGCAACAGUACACGAAAUCCUCGAAGAGCUGGUCGGAGCCUUUGCGCAAGGCUGUGGCAGCGACUGACGUUGCUUGGGGAGCGAAUGCGACUUCGUUACUCGCCCUGACCCCAGAAGGUGGUUUGAGCGUUCUGGGCGCUGCUUAACAAAGAAAACAGCUGGAGUGGAUUAGAGCUAUACCCUGAAUAAUGGUGACUUGUAAUCUAGAAAUAAAGUUGGGUCACGGAAAAAGCAAUUGCGGCACUGAUCGGUCGCUUCGAGGUGGAGCCGGAUGGUCCUGAUCGCACAGCUCAUAGCACAGCUGAGGACUUUCCUUUGAUUGUUCGGAUUUUUUUUGAGGAAAGGCGUAAUGAUUGUGUAACAUAAAUAACUUCUUUUGAGAUAGCAAGGAACACAAGGACGUCCUUCCAAAUGCACC